AUGUGCCAGAAGUAUUCAAUUAUCAAGUUGAACUGUUUAAAUUGGAUACAAUUGAAGAGAAUUCAAUACUUUAAAAAUAAUAGUUUUAACAGUAGCAAUAAUUAUAAUUAUCAGACCUCUGCAUCAAAGCAUAAACAGUCAGCUAUUGAAACCAGAAGAAUAUCAUCAACGCUAACAUCAUAUGAAAAUACAGGCAAUCGCGUAACAUGUUAUACAACAAAUGCCAAAUUUAUGUAUCAGCAAUAUUAUUACUUCUACAAAACCAGUUUUGUCAUUAAGUUCUUUUCUAGCUUAUUUAUAAUGAUGAUAUUUUGUACAGUAAAUUCAUCCUCAUCGGCAUCAGCGUCCGCAUCCGCGUCCUCCUCCUUCUCUUCCUCACUAUCAUCACCACUAUCAUCUAACUCCUCAUCAUCAGCUUUAUCACCUAAACGAGUGGUUCGCGCGCCUAUCACUAGUAGACAUCAGUCAAUAAAUCCAAGAUUGUUACGUGAAAUUGGUGAAGGGACAUUACGUAUCGGUGGUGUUUUAACCCAGUUACUCGAUGCUAUUGAAUUCUCAGUUGUACAUGAAAGAACAGAUCCUUAUUUAAACAUACAAUAUUUCAUUGGAUACAAUAGAUCCGCAUGGUUCACUGUUACACCGUGUACAAAUGUACUAAAUCGAGCUGAAUUUGUCGCAUCAUCUGCGUACAAUGAACCAUGGGAAGAAAGUAAAACCUUCGGCCUACAAUUAACCAGAGUAAAAACGUAUACCUCGAAAUGGCCUAAUCAAAAAGUACGCAUUGAACCAUUCCCAGGUGAAGAAGAUCCACCAAAUUAUGCAUUAAAAAAUAAUAAAGAUACUAUCAUAAAUAUAUUUCGUUCACGACUUCACUACACACGAAGUAAACAUGAAACAGAUAGUAUAAAUCUACGCUUGUACAGUCAGCUUGGUGAUGCAUAUACUGUUCGAAUGAGUACACGUCGUUCACCAAAUCAUGCCUAUGAUGGCUAUCCUAUACUGGACAAGUCUUCAUCAGUAUCAGCAUGUUUAUUACAAGAUACAAAUGAUACACUGGACGUGUCAUGGAAUCGUGCAAUCAGUAAUUAUAUGCGUAUAAAUUACUGCGUGGUUGUCAAUUCAGAAGAAAAUCUCUACUACCGGUGUACAGCAAUGGCAAGAUUAAAUCAGUCAGCACGAAAAGAAGGAGACGAAUUUAAGCGACCAAAAGUGUUUCAAGAAACUGAUCAUUUACGACCAAAAUUAAUUGAUAAUUAUGUAUAUAAAUGUGGCAUGAAAUCAAUAACACGAAUUAGAUUAUCCCCUGCACUUACAACGAUUUUAAAUCAAUUAGCGCUGAAUCAUUCCCUCAAAUAUUCAUAA